AUGGCUAAUAAAAAAGACUUUGAUAAUAUUAGAGAUGAAAUCGAAGCCCGGGCAGCUACACUAAGGUUGGCGGAUAAUAAGGGUUGGGGUACAGCAUUACAGAUAGUCGGGAGUAAUGACAAAAUGAUGGAAAAAUACAAGGAUCAUAUUCCAUUAUUUAGCCAUUCAGGUGCGGCCUCACGCUAUUUUAAUCGGAAUAAGUCUAGUAAGGCAUAUAGGCAUAAGAGGAAAAGAUAUUCUUCACCUUCGUCUGAUUCAGAAAGAGAUGAAAAGGAGCCUUUAGGUUUUCAGAAUGUAAAGGAGUCUUUAACUGCUUCAACUGUGGAGGCCUUGGUCACAUCGCCUCCAGCUGCCCUUCCACAGGUUCUAGAGCCACCACCAAGUCAAAGAAUGGAGACUAACCACACUCGGACCCCAUUCUUAGAAGAUUGUCUAGUGUCAGGUCUGAGGGAGCCAGAAAGUCGAAUGUCAUCAAUUUCAGGUUGUAUGGAUGUUCUAACAGCAGUUUCAAGAACACAUCUUGAAACCCAGCUUACAGAUCCAUCCAAGGAAUAUAGAGUUAAGAGAGUUUAUAGAACACUGUUAAAGGAUCAUAGAAAGGCUAAAGACCCAAACUGGCCUCGUGAUCCUUUAACAGUAGCUGCCUUAAAGUUUUUUGUUGACAAGAAACCACAACUAAUCAGUGAUUAUUUUUGGAUACGCGAUGCUGCAUUGAUAGCUAUUGGCUUGAGAACUAUGCGCCGUCCUGGUGAACUUUGUAGUCUAAAGCUUAAAGAUAUUAAGUUUGGAGAAAAACUGUUUUGGGUUCAUAUAAGUUCAUCCAAGACAGAUCAAUUUGCCAAUAGAAAAUUUAUUCCGAUAGAAUAUUCAAAUAGUAAAUAUUGUCCAGUCAGGCUAUUAAGAAGAUACCUGGCAAUUAGGCCAAGAACAUCAGAUGAUAGGCCACUUUUCCUGUCUAGAAGCAAAGUACAGUUGUCAGUAGGGGUAGUAGGUGCCAUUGUCAAGAGAAUCGCAGAGAAUGCAGGCCUCCAAGGAAGAUUCACUGCUCAUAGCAUUAGAAUAGGAGGUGCUACAGCAGCAAUGGAGGCUGGUAUGUCAUUAGCACAAAUUCAAGCCAUAGCAGGAUGGGACAGUAAAUCAGUUAUGCUAUAUCUGAGGACUGUGGGCAUGGCAAACUUAAUGUUUUCAAAGAAAAUGGGGUUUUAA